AUUAGUUCUGUUUGAUGGUUGUCAUGAGUUACUGCAUUAUAUGAUGUACAUUGAAUUUGAAGUGCAUGUAAAACAUGUGAUGGUGAUCGAAAUAACUAAAUCCCUAUAAAUACAGUGAAAAGGAGUUCAGAAGCAGGAUGGACAUCAUGCCAAGAAGCUGACAGGAACGUAAGGAACAACAGAAGGGAAGAAGCCAAGAACACGGCGACCAAACACAGCUGAUGGAAACCAUGGAAGGGAAAGAGCAGCAGAGACGAUUGACGGAGGAUGGAAAGAAGAGGAAGCGUCCUAGAGAUGGAGGGAAGGGGCGUAAGGGGCAAGAAGGUAGUCAGGGAGGUGUAAAGAAGCAUCUGGACGCCUUGAGUGUGGGCUACUUUCGCAGGGUGAGCGAGAGACUGAGCGAAGGAUUCGCCGAGGAAGAGGAGAAAGCUUUGUUUGUGGUGAACGUGCUGUCAGAGGUGAAGGGACGAGCCACCCUGGUGGCCCUCGACGUGACGGGAAGCGUGACCCUCCAGCGCCUGCUCCCAUUGGCUACUCCCACUCAGAUUGGGGAGCUGUUGGCUGAGCUUGGAGGAGCGACUGGGGCGGACUUCAGGGCCGUGUCAUGUGACCGGUGCGGGGGUCAUGUGAUGGAGAGCGCCCUGCGGCAGGUGCCCAGGUGGACGGAGCAUUCAGGUUCAGAGGGACAGGAGACGUCUGAUACCAAGGAUGAUGGUGAUGUUGAAGCAGGGUGUUCUGGGAUACUGGAGGCCCAGGUCCUGUCUUUGUGCCGCUCGGUGACUGAGGAGGUGACGGCGUUCAUGAGGCACACGCACGGAUCCCACGUGGCACGGACGCUCACGCACGUGCUGGGGGGCUGCCUCGGCCCCGCCCACUCGGACAAGCGCUCAGGGGGUAAAGAUCAAAACGUCAACACCCCUCUGAUGGAUUUCGAGGUCCCGCCAUCCUUCGCAGGUGCCCUGAAGCGUCUGUCACUCGCUCUCAUGGAGAAUGUCAACGUCUGUGUGUCGGAUGCUGGGGCCAGCGCGAUGCUCCAGACGAUGCUGACUGUGUGUCACAGGAAAAGGCCCAAGCUGUGUAAGAGCCUCCUGAAAGGCAUUGUGGGAUACUUGACGUCCCUCAACUCAGCUCCUGGACUCAGUCCGCUCCUGGUGUUCCUGAAAGACCAGGCCUCCAGCCGGCUCCUCGAGACGGUGCUCCUGCUGUCACACAAGGCCGUGCUCCGCAGCCUGUAUAAAGAUCACCUCCAGGGCCAGCUGGUCAACUUGGCACUGCACCCGAUUGCCAACUUUCCAGUGCAGAGACUGAUAGCCACUGCUGCCAGUUACAAACUGUUCCUGAAGGUGUUUGAUGAACUCAAGGAGGGCCUGGAGGCCAUCUUGGCCGUUGGUCACAUGGGUGUAAUUGUCCAGUUGGCAGAGAGCUGUGCACAAAGGGAGGAGAGACAAGGGGAGAUGAUGCGCUGCCUCCUACAGGGUUUCCACUGUGCCGAACCCUCAUCUCGACAGCUGACCUGCCUCCCGCUAUUCCUGUCCCUGCUGACACAUGACGUGUAUUACUGUGUGCAGACAGCAGAGGGCGCCGCAGACACACAGCGCCCCCUGUCCAGAAUCUGCUAUCAUGGCUCCCGCCUUGUUCAGGCACUAUUAAAGUUCAAGGACCGCAGCCUCCUCCUAAACAGCCUGCGUGCUCUUACACCCUCUGACCUUGUGACCUUGGGAACUGACCAAUCCGGUAGCCAUGUGCUACAGGCCAUUAUGACAUCAGCGAGCGACAAGGGGAGGGGCAAAAUACUGAGGAGGCUGGAGGGUGAGUUUGUCAAGCUGUCUUGCUCCCGCUAUGGGAGUCGUGUCCUGGAGGCUGUCUGGAACAGCGCCACCGUGAGUCAGAGGCAGGACAUUGCAAAGGAGCUGGGGUCCAGUGAGUCUCUGCUGAGAUCAGAUCAGUUUGCCCGUCAUGUUUGGGCAAAAUUCGCCCUGACUCACUUUGUGAAGAGGAGAGCUCAAUGGCAGGAGAUACAGACUGAUCAAAUGAAGAAGAGAAAAAUGUUCAGUGACAUCCUUCAGUGACAAUUUGGAUGACGUUUGGGAUUGGCCAGUGUUUACAAAAUACUCAUGUCAGUUCCUGUGUUCUUUUUUUUUAAUUAUUAAACCAAUGGAAAUGUA